AUGAGCUUAAAAAGGAGUAACACCCGGUUUGGGUUUCUUAGAGCCACCCCUGACUGUGCCGACGAAAACAGGUCGAAUGGCACGGCUUCCCCUCCUGCAUCAUCCGACAAUGAUCCCCCACCAAACAAGCUGAGGAAGAGGAUACAAGAAGAUGAAUCAUCACAAAAGAGUCGUCGGCGCUCAGGGGAGAGCGGUCGGGGUAGAAGCAGAUUCCGUGCUCCAGAAGCAAUUCAGUCCCAGGAUUCAUCACCCUGGGAGCGCCUCCAAAUGCGAUUUAACCUGACCUUACAUAAAUCAGUUAUCAUUGCUACUCAAAAGGAUGGCCUCUUUGUUGCUGUUAGAAAAUUCUCUGAUGAUCCAGAUAUAGAGAAGAAACGAGACAUGCUGAGUCGAAUUCGAAAUGAGAAUUUUCUGAAGUUUUUAGAAAGCUUCAGCUUUGAAGGAUCUCAAUAUGCCGUCUUUGAGCAUGAACUCAACAGAGGCGAGAAGCUGCCUAUAUGUCUCAGCCACUAUGCCACACUUGUAACCUAUCCUACCGAGUCACAGCUUGCUGUGAUACUUCGACAGAUCCUUAGCGGUCUCGAAUACCUUGCAUCAAAAGGUUUAGAGCAUGGCGAAGUUACAUGCAAGAACAUCCUUAUAAGUACUGAGGGAUCUAUAAGAAUAGCGGGCCAAGAGUGCUGCCGCAGACUCGUGUCAAAUCGCGACUCUAUUAAGGAUAUUAGAGGAGUUGGUUAUGUGACAAUGGAGCUUAUGAGUAAAGUCGCUGUAUAUACUGGACCUAUGAAUACUCGCGACCCCAUCCUUUGGCCACUAGACAAUGAUGCCUCAAAGUUUGUUCAAAGUGCGGAAUCUGCGCAUUCGAUCGAUGAAUUAAGACAGCCACUAUUGAACCGCAAGACAACAAAGGCGGAUAGUGACGAUAUAAAGGCUGAUGUAUACAUGGCUGAAUUUUCAGUCUUCAGAGGACAUAAAAUUUGCAAAUAG